CUCUUGAGAUACAGUUUACCAGUUUUCAAUUGGCGGUGUGUUUGUGUUCACAGUCUCAUUACGCUUAAAAAAAAAAAAAAAAACAAAGUAUAAUAAACAUGUCUGUCGCUCAGAAAAUGUUUGUUUGUAGUUGUUUAACAGUAGCAAUUACCUCGUUGUACGUUCAAGCAAUUCCUGUCCCGAGUUAUGUAGAAGUGUAUCCAGGAAACGAAAACUUUGUAGCUGCCCAAGUUGUGCAAUCUGAUGAUCAACCAGCCGUGGCACAAGUUGAAAUAAUGGAUCCAUCUUCUGCAGUACCUAGACGUGUACGUUCACCAAGUCCUAUUUUCGACCUUUUUGGUGGUGCGGAUUUAGAUUACGAUGAAGAAUCAUCGCGUAAAUUCCAUCAUCAUAAAAAACCCCAUUACCACCACAACCAUCAGUCCCACUACAGACCCGAGCCACAUUAUCAGGGAGGCAGUGCCGGCAGUUUUGCAUCGGCCGGUAGCUUCGCUGGUGGACAUGGUGGUGGACACAGCCAAAGCCAAGCACAAAGUCAAUCGGCUAGCUUCGGAGUAGGACCUUUCCAAGCUAGUUUUUCAUCUAGCUCAGCUCAAAGCCAAGCCAACAACCGUCAUAGGGACAGAGAAGCGCAGUACUUCGAUGAUUAAUAACUUAUCUUCGACUCUCAACACGUAUUAUUUGUAAAAUAUUUUAAUUGAAGAAUUUUAAUUUAUUUUCAAUUUGUAAAUGUGCCAUUGAAAACUGUAUAUAUAGCUACAAUUAUGACACAAAAUCUCAAUUUUAGCUGUUAGACUAGUCAUUAUUUAUUUGAAUGUCUAACUGAAUUUAAUUGGACUUUAAUGUUCAUUGAUAAUAAAGUUAAACUACAUAUAUUUUUUAAAA